AUGCUGUCCUGUUUUGUCUGGCUCUCCCUCCCCGACUUGGUUAACGCCUUUGGGACGCCAGGAAAGUUGCCUCUCAACGGGAGUCUGGAGGAGCCUUUUGUAAUCCCAAACAUCUCGGGUUCGUUUUCCUGGGAUAACGAAAGCCUGGCCGACUGGCAGAGCUUCGUGGGCAGGAGCCGGUACGGAGCGGAGUCGCAGAGCGUCACAGUGAAAGCCCUGCUCGUCGCGGCGUACUCCUUCAUCAUCGUCUUCUCCCUCUUCGGCAACGUCCUGGUCUGUCACGUCAUCAUCAAGACCAAGCGCAUGCACUCUGCCACCAGCCUGUUCAUUGUGAACCUGGCUGUAGCCGAUAUCAUGAUCACGCUCCUCAACACGCCCUUUACACUGUACCUGGAUAUUUGGGAAGGGGAUGUGCCAUGUCAGUAG